UGCGGGCAAGAAGUUGGGACGGAGGUGGAAUCCGCCGCGUGGAUACCAUGCUGCGCCUCGCUGCCAAGCUGGUGUCCUUCUUCUGGAGGAAGGAGGACAUCCCUGAGGAGGAGGUCGGGCAACCAGGGCGGGAGCUGUCGGAAGGUGACACCAGGUUGAAAACGGUGCAGGGCGUUGUGACAAGAUACUGCAGUGACUAUGGCAUGAUUGACGACCUGAUCUACUUUUCCAAUGAUGUUGUGACGAGUAAAGUGCUUCUGAAUGUGGGACAGGAAGUCAUUGCUGUCGUUGAAGAAAACAAAGUGUCAAAUGGACUGAAAGCAAUCAGAGUAGAAGCUGUCUCUGACAAAUGGGAAGAUGAUAGCAAAAACUCUAGCAAAGGGUUUUCAGACUCCAGCCCCAGAGUGCUGAUUGGCUGUGUGACUUCCAUGUUGGAAGGUGCUGGCUAUAUCAACCAGACCACAUACUUCUCUCUGGAGAGUGUGUGUGAAGGUUUCCACCCAUGCAAGGGUGACUGGGUAGAGGCUGAGUAUUGGAUCAGGCCAGGGACAUGGAGCAGUGAGGCAAUCUCUGUGAAGCCUCUGAGGUACAAGCGUGUGGACAAGGUUUGCAUUUCCAGCCUGUGUGGGAGGAACGGGGUGAUAGAGGACAGCAUCUUCUUCAGCCUGGACUCCUUGAAGCUGCCGGAAGGGUACAUACCGAGGAGACACGACAUUGUCAAUGCUGUGGUUGUGGAGAGCAGCCAGUCAUGCUACAUCUGGAGAGCACUGUGCAUGACCCCUGUGAAGAGAGAUGCCACUAUUGGUGAAGCCCCUCAGGAGCCCUAUGGAACCCUCUUACUGAAAAACAAAGGGGACAUUGAAGUUACAAGAAUGACCAGUUUUGGAACAUUGAAGGAAGGAGAAAGCAAAUCAAUCGUGAUCUGGAUAGAGAAUAAAGGAAAGAUUUCUCAGGAGCUUGUCAGUUGCAGACUGGCUAACUGGGAUAAAGCACACCAGUUUAGAUUUGAGACACAGGGCAGAAGCAAGCCCUGCUCAGGAGCGGCUGCUGUUUCUGUUCCUGAAGGUGAAAAUGUUAAUUCAUUGCAUCAUCACAGAGAAGACAAAACUAAUGAGAUUCCAGAGAGCCGUCUGGCAAACAGCACAGACAUCUCUCCAGAUGGCUACGCUUGUAAAGAAGAAAGUAGAGAAAAAGGAAACACAGCAGAGAAACAGGAGCCGGAGCCUGAGGGGCUCAUUCCUCCGGGGGAGAAGGCUUACAUUGUGGUCACAUGCAGUGCCAAAAACCCUGGCCGUUGCAAGGAGCUGCUUCUGCUCUGUUUCUCCGACUUUCUCAUUGGGCGACAUCUUGAAGUGAAUGUGGUGAGCAGCGAGGAGGCCCUGAUAGCUGUGCGUGAGCCAUUUUCUUGGAAGAAGCCUAAAAGCUCCCAAACAUUAGUGUCUGCAAAGACUACAGUUGUUGUAACCACACAGAAAAGGAACUCGAGGCGACAACUUCCAAGUUUUCUUCCACAGUAUCCAAUACCAGAUAGACUUAAAAAAUGUGUGGAGCAGAAGAUUGACAUCCUGACGUUCCAGCCGCUUCUUGCAGAGCUCUUGAACAUGUCAAACUACAAGGAGAAGUUCUCCACCCUGCUGUGGCUAGAGGAGAUCCAUGCAGAAAUCGAGCUGAAGGAGUACAACAUGAGCAGAGUUGUCCUCAAGAGGAAGGGGGAUCUGCUGGUUCUGGAGGUCCCCGGGCUCGCGGAGAGCCGGCCUUCCCUCUACGCAGGUGACAAACUGAUUUUAAAAUCUCAAGAGUACAAUGGACAUGUCAUUGAAUAUAUCGGCUAUGUCAUGGAGAUUCAUGAAGAAGAUGUAACUCUUAAACUUAAUCCAGGAUUUGAACAAAUGUAUAAUUUUGAACCUAUGGAUGUGGAGUUUACAUACAAUCGGACCACAAGCAGACGGUGUCAUUAUGCACUUGAGCAGGUCAUCCAUUUGGGUGUAAAAGUAUUAUUUCCAGAAGAAAUCAUUUUACAGUCUCCUCAGGUGACAGGGGAUUGGAGCCUUGCACAGGACACCAAAAAUGAUGGCCAGUCCAUCACCAACGUCACCAGAAAUGACAGCCAGUCCAUCACCAACGUCACCAGAAAUGACGGCCAGUCCAUCACCAACGUCACCAGAAAUGACGGCCAGUCCAUCACCAACGUCACCAGAAAUGACAGCCAGUCCAUCACCAACAUCACCAGAAAUGACGGCCAGUCCAUCACCAACGUCACCAGAAAUGACGGCCAGUCCAUCACCAACGUCACCAGAAAUGAUGGCCAGUCCAUCACCAACAUCACCAGAAAUGACAGCCAGUCCAUCACCAACGUCAACAGAAAUGACAGCCAGCCCAUCACCAAGAACAAGAAAACAGUGAAGGACCAAACUAAACACACAACAAAGGAAAGGCACAUGGGCACCACGGACCAGCCAGAGAAGGCUUCCUUCACUGCAGAGACUAUGGAUGAAAUCCAGAUCCCGAAACCACGAGAGUUCUUCAACCCGGUGCUCAAUGAAAACCAAAAGCUGGCCGUGAGGAGGAUCCUGAGUGGCGACUGCCGGCCUCUCCCGUAUAUCCUUUUUGGACCUCCGGGAACUGGAAAGACUGUGACAAUAAUCGAGGCUGUUUUGCAGGUACAUUAUGCUUUGCCGGACAGUCGGAUUUUGGUCUGCGCUCCUUCCAACAGUGCUGCUGACCUUGUGUGUUUGCGACUUCAUGAGAGCAAGGUGCUGAAGCCAGCUGCCAUGGUCCGGGUGAAUGCCACCUGCAGAUUUGAAGAGACCAUUAUUGAUGCCAUCAAACCGUAUUGCAGAGAUGGAGAGGAUAUCUGGAGAGCCUCACGCUUCAGGAUAAUAAUCACUACAUGUAGCAGUGCAGGACUGUUUUACCAAAUAGGAGUGAGAGUUGGAUACUUCACACACGUAUUUGUGGACGAGGCAGGACAGGCAAGUGAGCCAGAAUGCCUUAUUCCUUUGGGACUGAUUUCAGACAUCAAUGGCCAGAUCGUGCUUGCUGGAGACCCCAUGCAGCUCGGCCCAGUCAUCAAGUCCAGGCUGGCCAUGGCCUAUGGGUUGCAUGUGUCCAUGUUGGAGAGGCUGAUGUCCAGACCAGCGUACCUGAGAGACGAAAAUGCCUUUGGCGCUUGCGGUGCAUAUAAUCCAUUGUUGGUCACAAAGCUUGUGAAGAACUACAGGUCCCACUCAGCUCUGCUGGCACUGCCCUCACGCCUGUUCUACCAUAGGGAGCUUGAGGUCUGUGCUGAUCCCAAAGUAGUGACUUCACUGCUGGGCUGGGAGAAGCUGCCCAGAAAAGGCUUCCCUCUCAUCUUCCAUGGAGUGAGGGGGAACGAGGCUCGUGAAGGGAGAAGCCCAUCAUGGUUCAGCCCAGCCGAGGCUGUCCAGGUCAUGCGCUACUGUUGCCUCUUGGCCCGGAGUGUCUCCAGUCAAGUAUCUUCCAAGGACAUAGGUGUCAUCACACCCUAUCGGAAGCAGGUGGAAAAAAUAAAAAUCCUUCUGCGAAAUGUGGAUUUGACUGACAUAAAGGUUGGCUCAGUGGAGGAGUUCCAGGGACAAGAGUACCUGGUCAUCGUCAUCUCCACUGUGCGGUCAAAUGAAGAUAGAUUUGAAGAUGACCGUUAUUUUUUGGGUUUCUUGUCCAAUUCAAAAAGAUUUAAUGUUGCAAUCACAAGACCCAAAGCACUGCUGAUCAUUCUGGGAAACCCUCAUGUGCUUGUCAGAGAUCCCUGUUUUGGAGCGCUGCUAGAAUACAGUGUUAGCAAUGGUGUCUACACAGGGUGUGAUCUACCUCCUGAACUCCAGGCUCUCCAAAAGUGAGCACUCCAGUCCACUUCCUAAAAGGUAAAGCACCGUGGAGGAAAGAGUGUGGCUCCACGUGUUCACCUUAAGCAGGCUGUGGCUAGACAGCUGUGCCAGGAUCUGUGGACACCGUGGAGUCUGCUACAACAGGGAGCCAUUGAGCCUUAUCCUAUGGGCCAUUAGGUCCAGCCAUGCUUCAGUCUUCUGUGACUCCUGCGGCUUCCUGGUCUCAAGACUGAAUGUUGGUAUGCAUGGGACCACUGAGUCAGCUGGGCUGCUCCUGCUUCCUUGGACUGACCUUGGUUCAUUACAGUUAGUUUCUGCCUGUGGGCAAUCACUGCCACUACACUCCCCCAAAUAAACACUCCCUAACCCCA